AUGCGGCCCCCUUCUUUCUCUGGUGCUGAAGGACCCUUAGCAGCAGAAGAGUUCUUGAAGGUCACCGAGACUAUUCUCACGGUGACCCGUAUUGCCCCUGCUGAAUGGGUGGACCUCAUGGAUAUUCAGCUCACCGACACCGCUCGGAUUUGGUGGACUGCAGAGAAAGCUCAUUUGGAGAGACCGAUUUUGUGGGAAACCUUCACAGACCGUUUCAACAGGAAGUACUUCCCUCAGUCAGCUCGGGACGAGCUUUUGCGAAGAUUUGUGGAGCUCAAGCAAGGAGGGCGAACAGUUGAUGAGUACGAGGCCGAGUUUUCUUCUCUGAGCCGAUUUGCUCCCCACUUGGUGACAGACCCUACUAUCAGGAGGCAUCAGUUUCAGAAGGGCCUGGAUAAGUAUAUCAGAGCAGGACGCCAGUAG